GUUCAUUUUUGUCUUUUUCCUUUUUAUCUAUUUCAAAAAAAAAAAAAAAUGGGUAGAAAGCAAUAUACCGACACUCGAGGAAAGACGAAAACAAAUUCUCGUUUUGAAAGAUAUGGUGCAAACAAUGAACAAGCAUCCGAAUCAACCAUUCCUAUGCCAGUUGUUAUGUGGGAUUUCAAGCAUUGUGAUCCAAAAAGAUGUUCUGGUGUCAAAUUAGCAAGAUGUGAUAUGUUGAAAACUUUGAAAUUGACUCAACGAUUUCGAGGUAUUGUGGCAAGUCCUGUUGGAGAGAAGGCGGUAUCACCAGCUGAUCGAUCUAUUGUUGAACAAUAUGGUGCUGGUGUUGUAGAUUGUUCUUGGGCAAGGAUAGAUGAAGUACCAUUUACCAAGAUCAAGGGUCCUACUGAUCGACUAUUACCUUAUCUUGUGGCAACGAAUCCUGUUAAUUAUGGAAAACCUUGGAAAUUGAAUUGUGCUGAGGCUUUAGCUGCGAUUUUCUAUGUUACUGGGUAUCCUGAACAUGGAGAAGCAUUAAUGUCUAAAUUCAAAUGGGGUCAUGCUUUUUAUAAAGUGAAUGCGGGAUUAUUGAAUCGAUAUGCAAAAUGUAAGGAUUCGGCUGAAGUAGUGGCUGUUCAAAAUGAAUAUUUGGCUUCAUUGGAAGAAGAUGAACGACGAAAAGAAAAGGAUGAUAGCAUGUAUCCUCCUACAGAUGAUGACGAGGACGAUGAUGAUGAUAGUAAUGAUGAUGAUGAUCUCUUAUUCCGAAACAACAAUCGACAAACUGCAUUCACUGCGUUUGAUGAAGAUGAUGAUGACGACGACGAAGAAGAUGAAGAUGACAGUGAAGAAGAUGAAGAUGAUGAAGAUGACAGUGAAGAAGAAGAUGAUGAUAACAAGUCCAAAGCACACCAAGAUACUCAAGUGAUUGUUGACAAACUCGGAAAUACCCAUAUCAUUCACUAGAAUAUAGAACUGUCUACUUUAAUUUAUCUGUUGUAGUUAUAUUUAUCUUUG